UUGCUGUAAACCGCGUACGUAUUUCCCUUUCCCUUUCCCCGUGGAUUCUUCCUCUGAUCUUCCCUCACCUUCCUUAAAACUCCUUUCCUUUUUCUAAUCAUUCUCCUAUUAAUUAUUAUUGAUUGUUUUGCUUCUCCCUCCUCCUCCUCCUCCUCCACCUGUCCAGACCACCACCAUGAGAUCAGUAGCUUCUUGGAUACCAUUUCAAUGGCUGCUAUUCCUUGUGUAAUUGCUUCUCCCUUUCUGGUUCUGCUUCUGGCUCUUUCCCUCGUCUCCCUCUUUCCCUCCCUUCAUUCGCUUUCCACUGUUGCAAUUUCUGAGAAUAAUAUUCACAACCAGACAUUGGUGUGCGCACUCACCCGACCAGGCUCUAAUUCUUCCCUACUUUGCAGAAGCUUCCCUCAGGGAAUUCAGAUUCCUCUUUAUCCUCCAUUCGCAUCAAUUUCUGGGAUUGUGGGCGGCAAUGGUUUCCUCUGUGCCAUGAGUUCAUCACGUUCUUCUUCAUCCUCUGUCAUGGUUUGCUGGAGGUUUUCGCUUCUGGGAAACAACGCGGCUUACAAAAGGAUUUACACAGGCCCUGUUUUGAAGGAAUUGCAGUCUGGAAACUCCCAUAUUUGUGGUCUCGUCAAUACCUCAAACUCCCUCCAAUGCUGGCAAUGGCGCAAUCACAACUUCCCUACACAGAAUCUCUCCUCGAGCCUUUCCGUGGGAGAGGACUUCGUCUGCGGUUUGUCAGACUCCCAACAAGUCAGAUGCUUUUCGACAAGCCCCAACAAUGCCGUCACAGUAAAUGUCCCCAAGGGAAGAAGUUUCAGCAAGGUCGGAGCCGGAUUCCGACACGCCUGUGCAGUAUCCUUUGACGGCAGUUUAGAGUGUUGGGGCAGCACGAUCGGCGAAACGCCGCCACAGGGUUUGUUCUCAUCAGUUGCCUCUGGGGAGAAUCGUAGCUGUGCAAUUAGGUCCAUCGAUGGAACAGUGGUUUGCUGGGGAGAAAAUGGGUUAUUCAGGCUGCCUGAAUCGCUGAGGAAUGAGCCCUUUAUCGCCCUCGAAGCCAAAAGAAGGGUCUUUUGUGGCGUUGCUAUGUCCAACUAUUCUCUCUUCUGCUGGGGCGACGACAACACCUUCUAUUCCAAUAUGUUGGUGUUCGGUGAUAUUGUUCCGGGUGCUUGCACAAGCCACUGUGCUUGUGCCCCUUUACCCAAGUUUGCUGAAUACUGUCCCCAAGGACAAAUGAUAUGCCAGCCUUGUCUGCCACGAGAGCCUGCCGAACCACCGCUGCUGCCGCCAUCACCACAACCACCACCGCCACCACCACCGCCAGGACCCAAGGGAAAAUGGGAUCGCAAGAUGGUGGCCUUUAUGGUUGUGGGCUGUUUCGGAAGCGUCUCAUUAUUGGUCAUCUUGUGUGUAUUCCUGUUCCCCCGGUAUGUCAAGAUCAGAAGCACCCGGAUUCAUGAUUCGGGCCGCCUGGAAGAAGGAGAAGGCGAAGGGGAUACCGCGCCACAGAGUGGCCGAAGAGCUCAGCCUCAGUCGAGCCUGCCACAAUUGGAAAAGAAGCUCAGCCAUUUGAUCAGUAUGGGGAACGGCGGCCAUCUGGAAGAGUUUACACUGGAAAUAUUACUCGAAGCCACAGAUAACUUCUCAGAGGACCGCAAGAUUGGGACCGGCAGCUUCGGAUCAGUCUACCAUGCUAAGUUGGAAGACGAGCGCGAAAUUGCAAUCAAGAGAGCUGAAAACACAGCAUCCUCAUCGCUUGCCGGGGCCGGCAAGCGCGGCCUAGAGGAUAAGGACAGUGCAUUCUUGAACGAGCUCGAGUUCCUGUCCCGCCUGAAUCACAAGAAUCUUGUAAGGUUGUUGGGCUACUGCGAGGACAGCAAUGAGCGAGUGCUGGUCUAUGAGUACAUGGACAACGGCACACUUUACGACCAUCUCCACAAGCUAGAAACCUCCCCAUUGAUGUCAUGGGCUACAAGAAUUAAGGUAGCACUCGAUGCAGCGCGAGGGAUUGAGUACCUCCAUGAGUAUGCUGUGCCGCAGGUCAUACACCGAGACAUCAAGUCCUCCAACAUCUUACUCGAUGCCACAUGGACUGCCAAGGUGUCCGACUUCGGCCUCUCCUUGAUGGGUCCGCAAGAUGAAGAUGUUCACAUGUCAUUGCGCGCAGCAGGGACAAUGGGGUACAUGGACCCCGAGUACUACAGACUGCAGCUGUUAACAACCAAGAGCGAUGUUUACAGCUUCGGUAUAGUGCUGCUGGAGCUGCUCUCUGGAUGCAAAGCAAUUCAUAAGAAUGAGAAUGGUGUGCCAAGAAAUGUAGUGGACUAUGUUGUACCUUACAUAAUCCAGGAUGACAUACACAGGGUAUUGGAUCAGAGGGUGCCCCCGCCAACACCGUUUGAGAUCGAGGCAGUGGCCCAUGUAGGAUAUUUGGCUGUGGACUGUGUGAUGCCGGAGGGAAGAAACAGGCCAACAAUGAGCGAGGUCGUAAAUGGCCUAGACAAAGCUUUGGAAGUGUGCUUGGCACCCCAAACUUUGUCUCGGUCCACCAGUAGCUCAUCUUUGUAGCAUUGUAAAGUUAAACAAAUCCCACAAAAUUCAUUUCAUUUAACAAUUGGAGCAACAUAUUUAGAGAAUAGGAGUAUAUAUUUGAGACACCUUACUAAAUGCACAAAUAGCUUCCGCAUGUAUUAUUGAUGAACUCAUUCCAAUUUUGCAUAAAGUGACACAUUCGUGUACAAUGGGGAGGUAUUCUUUGUAUUCCCUCGACAUCUGAUCAAUGAAACAUGUUUACCUCCGGCUUUGCAGUAA